UCACCAUCAGCGCGAGCUGUCUAGCAACCAAGAAGGAAACAAACAGUGCAAACACGAAGUGGGGAGAGUGAAUGAUCAACUAACGAGUGACAGUCCGCAAGGGGGUUGAUUGCCUUGUAGAUUCAAAUUGUAAAUGGAGAGAAACGGUGCCAAUGAGGUGCAGGCUGAGCUGGACUCUGUGGAGGCAGAGCUGGAGGUGGUGGAGCUGCAGAUUGCUGAGCUUCUGGAGAAGCAGGCUGAGCUGACUUCCAGGAAGAAAAGGUUGCUCCGCAAGUUGGAGGAUGCCUGUGAAUCUGCCCAAACCGCUGGAUCCUCCUCAGCAGGUUCUGGAUCUCUUUCCGGACCGGUUAUGACUAAGCAGGAACUGCUGCGCUACGAGAAUGCUGAUUUCCCAUGGUCUAAAGAGCUAGAGCAGAACCUGAAGAAUACUUUCCAGCUUUCAAAGUUCCGUCCUCUACAGCAGAAGGCCGUCAACCUCAGUAUGUCUGGUAAGGACCUCUUCCUGGUGAUGCCUACUGGACGAGGGAAGAGCCUCUGCUACCAGCUUCCGGCAGUCUGCUCUGAGGGUUUCACUCUAGUUGUGACUCCUCUUGUGUCUCUGAUGGAGGAUCAGCUCAUGUACUUGAAGUCCAUCCACGUUGAAGCUGCCACUCUCAAUGCAUCCAGCACUAAGGAGCAUGCUAAGAUGGUCUUGGCAGGGAUGACAGACACCAAGGCGCCUUUCAAGCUGCUGUAUGUAACUCCGGAGAAGAUAGCUAAGAGCAAGCUGUUAAUGUCGAGGUUGGAGAAGGCCUACAACGCAGGCAGGCUGAGCCGCAUCGCCGUGGAUGAGGUGCACUGCUGCAGCCAGUGGGGACAUGACUUCAGGCCUGACUACAAGCUACUAGGGAUCCUGAAGAGGCAAUUCCCCAAGGUUCCACUGCUAGGGCUGACUGCCACGGCAACCAGCAGCGUUUUGAAGGACUGUCAGAAGAUCCUGUGUGUCCCUGAGCCAAUCACACUCACUGCCUCCUUCAACCGCACAAACCUCUACUAUGAGGUGCGCUUUAAAAACUCAAACAGCGAGGAAUCAAUCGGUGAUAUCGCAUCGCUGAUCGAAGAGAGAUACCAGGGCCAGUCAGGGAUAGUUUACGUGUUUUCCCAGAAGGAUGCAGAUUCUGUAUCUGAAGACUUACAGAAGAAAGGCAUCAACGCGUAUCCAUACCAUGCUAACAUGGCCCCAGAGGACAAGUCACGCGUCCACCGUAAAUGGAGCACCAACAAAAUCCAGGUGGUGGUGGCCACUGUGGCGUUCGGGAUGGGGAUCGACAAGUCUGACGUCAGAUUUGUAAUCCAUCACACCAUCAGCAAGUCCAUUGAGAACUACUACCAAGAGAGUGGCCGUGCAGGCAGGGACGACCAGCCGGCAGACUGCAUAGUCUACUUUGGCUUCAAUGACAUCUUCAGGAUUAGCACCAUGGUUGUCAUGGAGAAUGUUGGACAAAAAAAGCUGCUGACCAUGGUGGAGUACUGCCAGAACGUGGACCGAUGCCGGCGCUCUGUGAUGGCUGUUCACUUUGAUGAGGUUUGGGACGAUGAAGGAUGCAACGAGAUGUGUGACGUGUGUCGCCAUGGCAAUGACUACAUUACCGUGGAUGUAACACAGCAUGCUAAAGAUGUGGUCCAGAUUGUGGAGCUGGCAAGCUCUCUGGAUGAGAAGCUCACCCCACUGAAGGUGACCGAGGCCUGGAUGGGGAAAGGUCCAGCCAAACGCAGGAAAAUGAUCCAGACCACCAUCCUGUCCCGCCUGGAGGUGGAAGCCAUCAUAACACACCUACUACUGCAAGGAUACCUCAGCGAGGACUUCAGUUUCACUCCAUAUACCACCUACUUCUACCUGAAGCUGGGUCGUAAGGCCUCUCUGCUGAAGAACCAGAGUCACUCUGUCACCAUGAAGAUGAGGAAGACAGGCCUGGAUGCCAAUGUGGUAAAAGUUUCCCAGGUUAAGACCAAAGAAGGAAAGCGGUCUGGUGACAAUACUGCAAAUUCUUCAGUCACCAAGAAAGUCAAGAAAGACCUCUAGUGCCCCCCUCUCCGAAGAGAACCAAGAAAAAGAGGACCAAUCAGCUGCUGGACCUGUGGAGGUGUUGGUGACCUCCAAGUUCCUUCCUCCCAUUUCCCCUGACGACAGCAGCAGUCCCCCUUCCAGACACAGAAGACUGAUAAAGACAGACAAAGAACAGCAGAAUCUGGCCAGAAAACGAGAUACGGACUGUGGCCAAAAAGGGGAAGACCAGAGCAACCCUGCUUCUGCACAGCCCGUUGCCAUUGAAGUAGAUGUAGAGAUCAAUGUCACAGAGAAAGUUUAUAACAGUGAAUCCCCACUACCGCGAUUGAAACCCAAUUCAAAACGUAAAUCGACCACUCCUCAAAAGAAGCGGAGGAAACCUUGCACCAUUAUUGCUGUACAAGCUCCCUCAGAGUCUACAGACUCCAACCCCCAGAGUCCAGCGUUGGUCAGUUCUCCCUCCCAGGUCUCCAUCAUCUCUGAGGCUGCAGUGGAAGAGCUCUGUGACCUGAGAAAUUAUUAUAGCAAUCAACUGAGGCGGAUCAACUACAUUUCCCAUGAGUACCUGCAGCAGCAGGGGUGCCCCGACCCAGGGGUGAUGGCAUGUAUCAGAGAGCCUCUGAAGAGCCUGCGCCUACCCAGUGGCUCAGCUAUUGCCCGGACAGCACGCAACCUGUGGACCAGAGUCAGCUCAAGAAGGAAACUCAUCCAAAGAUGACCCUUGACCUUCACUAGGACAUCUACCAUUGACAUGUACAUGUUAUACUACUAUACUGUAUCUUCACAGGUCUCAUAUUGCCAGACCCCACACCCAGGGAUAUUACACAAAUCUCUGUAAUAUUUUAUAUUCUAUUUUUCUGGAAAGGCUUUGAUUGAGAAUGUUAAUAUUUUACUGUGGGAUCUACACCACUCUAGUGGGACUGCAUAAUAAUGAAAUGUUGAACUUUAAUAUUGACAUUAUUCAUAAUACAAGAGCACACUGUUAUUUCUUUUUAAACACACCUCCAUAAAGUGAAAUAGCAGUGACAACCCCCCCCCCACUUGUGGCUGAUUCCAGUCACUUUGAGCUGCAUUCUGGGAUUCUUGGCCUGUGGUUGUAAAAGUGGAACUGUGGAGCCACAAAUACUUAUAAGUUGAUUCGCCUGAAAACUAUGAGAUGUAAUUUAUGUACCAAAUUUGCCCCAUGUCAUCAAAAUCACUCCCAAACUUUGACGUUUGUGUCUAACUGAGAUAUGACUGUGAUUCUACUUAACAUAUUACACAUCCAGCCUAAAGUGGGAAGUUUUAAAAAGUUGUUAAUUGCAAAAGUCCUAGACUGCAUCUUUAAGCAGAGGACUCCCUCCUUGCAGUCACUAUUUGCUUAUUGUUCUGUUAGGUCAAAUACAGUCAGAAAGUUCCUAACGAGAACAACGCUGCUUGCUAUUUUGCUUUUCAAUAAGUAACUAUAUUUUUUAUUUCAGUGUUUUGAUCUAUAAUUGCACAAAGAAUCACAAUUACAAUAUUUUGUAAAAAACAGUUUUGUUUACUCGUAUUGUGCAGCCCUUCUCUGUAGUCAGCCUGUGCUGAAGAAUAAAAAGCUGUUUGUUUUGA